GCCUGCCUCUCUCGCAUGGGAUGGUUCAUUCCUCGCUAAUUGGAUCAAGGAGGAAGUUGCAGGGUUGUCUGUGCAGUUCUGAAUGGUGCGUGUGUGUGUUCUGAUUUCUCUAAGACCUACCACCCCCCCCCCUGUGUGUGUGUGUUUCUAUAUCUGUCUGUGUGCAGAUGAAAGAGGAGGAAGUUCUGUUUGUCCUCUCCCUGUCUCUGCACCACCCUGCCCCCUUCCCUCUCCCCUCCCCUCCCUCCCAGCUAAUGACACCGCUGUCUCAGUGUGCAUAGAGCUGUGGGCACCUGCUGCUCCUUAUUAAUGACUCUGUAAGCAAGCUGAACAGCCACAGUGAGAACAACAGGAUGCUCCUGCCUCACGUUUGUUUUUCAUGAAGGGGUGUGUGGGUGGGGUCUUUAAUUUUACCCCCUCCUCCCCAGGUGUGAGAGAGAGAGAGAGAGCAGGAGCGACUUUCAAUCUAAAAAUAAAUGGCAGUCUGAGCUGCUGAAGCCAGAGAUGACUUGAGCAUUCACUGGAGAGACAGGGGGUGCAGAGCUGCUAAACCCAACGUUCACCCCCCACCCCUCCCUCCCCCUCACCAAGAGGAUGUUGGUGAUGGGCUCCCUGUCGCUGUCCACUUGAUGCCUGUAGCCCUUGCUGCUCUCUCACUUGCCCACUGUUCCUCUGGAGGCUCGCACGCAGCGGACGAGGCACCGUCCAUGCGCCGGGAGGAUGUCCGAGGAAGGCAGUGAGAAUUCUCUGGAGCCCUCCCACCUGCCCUGCCCGACCCCGUCGACCGAAGACACGGCGGAGGACGCUUCCUCGGCGACCCAGGCGGGCCAGAACGGGGCGCUGGGGCUGAGCGGCCUCAUUGCUACCUGCUGCAUCUGCAUGGAGGUGGAACGCGUGCGAACUUGCUUAAACUCUGAGAAGAUCUGCAUCAUACCCAUCAUGGCCUGUCUGGUGAGCCUGGGUCUUUGCAUUGCUGGCCUCAAGUGGGUUUUUGUGGACAAGAUAUUUGAGUACGAAUCUCUGACGCACCUUGAUCCCAAGCGCAUAGGGCAGGGUCCUGUAAUCUCUACUGAACAAGCAACAAUUGCCGAAUGGCCGCCAUCAACCGCCUUUACCUCCACUUUUCCGAUAUCUGAUUUGAUCCAGACAGUGAACGAUCCUGAUGAACCUUUGGUGCUCCCUUCCACUCCCUACACAAGCCCCCCAUCUCAGCCCCCAACCUCCCCUCCUUCCUCCCUACCCUCCUCUGUCGUGCUUGAAUCUUUCUCCCCCGACCCUGUCAUCACCAAAAGUCGUGAAGUGACAGAACCAGCGCCUGUCACCCUUCCCCAAAUGACAGAUACAAACCUCAUUAUCGCACCGGCGUUUACUACCACUUCACCGACGCCUUGGUCAGGCCACGCAAGGCCAUGCAACGAGAGCGAUCGGCACUACUGUGUGAAUGGAGGACAGUGUUUCGUUAUCAAUGGUAUUAAUAAACUCUCCUGUCAGUGUGACCCUGGAUUCACCGGAGAAAGAUGUACAGAGACUGUACCCAUGAGGGUCUUUAUACCUGAACAGCAUCUUGGAAUUGAAUUUAUGGAAGCUGAGGAGCUGUACCAGAAGCGAGUGCUGACGAUAACAGGGAUCUGUAUUGCCCUCCUAGUGGUUGGCAUCAUGUGUGUGGUGGCGUACUGCAAAACAAAAAAACAGCGGAAAAAACUUCAUGAUCGGCUCAGACAGAGUCUCCGCACCGAGCGAAACAACAUGGUAAACCUUGUGAAUGGACCGCACCGCACAAAUCCGCCAGCAGAAAAUGUCCAAUUGGCAAACCAAUAUAUAAUGAAAAAUCCUGGAUCCACUGAGCACGUUAUUGAGCGGGAAACAGAAACCUCAUUCUCCACCAGUCACUACACAUCGACGACCCAUCAUUCUACAACAGUGACUCACACGCCCAGCCACAGUUGGAGUACAGGCCAAACAGAAAGUGUCAUCUCAGACAGCCCCUCUGUGCUCGUAACAUCGUCAGUCGAAACCAGCAGGCACACCAGUCCGAUCAAUCACCGAGGUCGACUCAAUGGUGUGGCAGGUCGACGAGAGAUGCUUAUCUGUGUAAGGAACUCCAGAGACACUCCAGACUCUCUCCGAGAUUCACCGCACAGUGAAAGGUUUGUCUCAGCCAUGACCACUCCUGCCAGAAUGUCUCCGGUGGACUUCCGAACACCAGUGUCCCAGAAAUCUCCCGAGUGCGAGCUGUCACCGCCAGUCUCCAGCCUGACUAUCUCCAUGCCAUCGGUGACCAUUAGCCCUUUGAUCGAGGAGGAGAGGCCUCUGCUGCUGGUGACCCCGCCUCGGCAGCGGGAGAAGAGGCAGGAGCCAUACAAGCAGUACCACAACUCAGCCCAGGACAGUGGCAGCAUCCCAGCCAGCCCGCUGCGGGUGGCCGAGGACGACGAGUACGAGACCACCCAAGAGUACGAGCCGGCGCUCGAGUCCCCCAAGAAAGGGGCCGGCAACAGGAGAGGGAAAAGAACAAAGGCUAACGGCCACAUUUCACAAAGAGUGGAGACCGAGAGCAGUCCAGUCUCGGGGAGCAGUAGCUCUGACAGCGAAACAGAAGAUGAACGAAUAGGCGAGGAGACUCCCUUUCUGAGCCUACAGAACCCCAUAUCAAUGAGUGUAGAAUCAGCCCCCGCAUACCGAUUGGCUGAAAACAGGACUAACUCCACCAAUAGGUACUCUACACAGGAAGAGUUGCAAGCCAGGCUGCCCAAUGUAAUUACUAAUCAGGACCCAAUUGCUGUCUAAAAAACACAUAAUUGCACCAGUAAAACUUUAUUUUAUAUAAUGAAGUACUCCGGAUACUUUACUUUAAAUUAAACAUUUUAUUUUAUUUUAGCAGAAGAACCUUGCAGCUAGUAGAAAGUCUACAAGUUUUUAUAGAUUAAAAUAUAUAUAUGUAAAAAGAAAGUUAGCAUUCACAAUACUAAUGUGCCAUAUGUAGCGUUUUUACAGUAUUUCAACACAGAAAGAUAUCAGUUGUGCCUUUAUGUUACUUUAUUGCUGAAAGUGGAAUUAGUACAUCAGUCGCCAUUUCAUGCUACCUGCUAACAAACCUUCUGAUAAGAAAAGGAACGUCCAUGAUAUGAGGGUUUUUUUUUUCAAAAUUUCCCUCCGUGAUCAAUUUUGGACGCAGGCAGAAGUUUGAAUCCGUUGUUGACAAUGGGAGUUUCAGGAGGGGGAAAGAGACCCACGUGGAGGAGGGAAUGAAGGGGGGGUACCUCACUGUGACCUACUCACUCAGUAAUGUUUCACCCCUGUGGUUUCUGAUGGAGCUUGAUAACUUCUAAGAUUAAACAAACCUUAUAGAAAGAGAACAAAGGUAGGACUUAACGUGAAAACACUGGCUGUUGGUAUUGAGGGAAACCAUCAGUAACAUGUCACUAGUUCAUGCAGAGUUGAUAUUGAAAGUGAAGAUUCCUUGAAAGCAGUAUGUUAGAUAUGGGUGGUUGAAGAGUAAAGUUAUUCACUGAGUUAGAUUAAAUUAUUUCAGUGAAACUGCUUUCUUUAAAAAAGCAGUACCUGUUUCCUUGGUGCUUUUGUAGGGCUGUGUUAUAUGCUAUAAAUACUGCAGCUCCUUGGAAAGCCAUCAUAAUAGUCUCCCUUUCAACUAGCCUCCCUUCAACUAGUCAAAGCUCUCAUCUGAAUCUUAACUUCGUCCAGAAGUUGGGGUCAAACUGCUGCACGAUAAGAGGAGUUGCUGCUUGAGAGUAUGUUGGCUGAUCUUGGCAUGGAAAGGUGAGGGAGUGAACAACUUGACCUGACUCAGUAUCUUCCCCAUGCAGGAUAGUGGCUGAUUCUGUUGUUCUCAACAUUAGGAUUCUGUAAUGGUUUGUGGCGGUUUGGAACAGACUAUAUAUAUUCUUGUCACCAUCUUCAUACUUAUUGCCAUUGGCUGCAUUUGAAAGCAGAACUCUGUGUCAUGUAACUUUUACCUUAAUUUUAACUGAUGCAGAUAUUGAAAAUAUAAUGGGAUGCGGCAACAUUCAUCUUUUGGGGUAAUGUCAUUUUAAAAGCAGCUGGAGUUGCAGAUUACAAUUCACAUAUGAUCAAAAUAUAUAGCAUUGAACCUGCAUUCAGCAAAAGGACAACGUUUCUGAUAUCUUCCUGUGUUUGUGAAACAGACGCAUUAAAAGCCUCUUUCAAAUAAAGAUUUUUUUUCUGUUUAAUUGUGUACUUCAUUAUCAAUCCAGUCAAUAUAGCUGCAAUAAUUUCAGUUCCUCCUUUGCAAUAAAGAAAUCGGAAUGUCAUCUGAACUCACAGUCCAUAAGCCCUCGUCUUCAGACAUCGCAAUUUGUACUGUUCAAACCGAGGAGACCCAGAGUGGGAUUGUAGAGCUCAUAGGUGAUCAAAUCAGUCCUUUGAACGUACUGAAAAUUUGAAUUAUUUAAAAUUGUGAUAAAAUGUUUAUAAUCGGCACUAAUCCAUUUCUGCCACUACAACAGAGAUGCAUCAGAAACUUGUGUGUUUUCACUUCAAGGUGUCAACCCUGUGCUUUCAUGCUCUUAGUGCUGUGUAUUUUAAAAUCAUUUUGUGCAUGUUACUAAUACAGAAGAAGGAUUCUACAAUGUUCACAUGUUCUCAUGACUCCAAUGGAAUUUCUGCAGUUUUGUAGUAAGAAGGAUGGAAGUAUCUGAGAGCUAUUUAAAGCACUUGGUGAGACUUAAAAUUCUUUUUAAUUCUCUGUCCCUGCUUCCAAUAAAUUUGAUCACGUCAAUAGUGAUUCAGUAGAAACUUCAAAUGGUAGAAACAUUUCAUAUGUUUGCAAAUGGCAAAGAAACUGUUUGGUUCUUAAAGGGUCAGAGCAAGGCAAGAGGGGUCAGGAAUCAGUUAAAGUAGACAAUUGAUAUAGGGAAAUUGGAUUCUCUCACUUUUAAUUUGACCUAAAGCCCAGUCUGAGCAUACACAAAUGCCCAACAACUAAUAGAAAAUAGACCAUCACAGUCUAGCAAGUGUCUGCACAGCUUCUGACACACUGAAGAAAUCAAGACAGUUAUCCUUUUGUUUAUCACUGGACCUAUUCCUUUGCUGAUGUAAAAUGAGUUUUAAGUGCAUCACUUGAGAUCUGAUACAAGAGUAAGUUUCAGAAACUGAAAACAGUAGGGGUACAUUCAAAAAACCAAUUUUAUCUUUUGGGAGGGGAGGCAAUCUGCUGUGAAAUUGAGUUGAGAGUUUUGAUGAGUUGCUUCUCAUCACAUUUUUAUGCUGUUUACAAUCUGCUAAUGUUGAGGCACCGCUAAGGUAUAAGUGAUUGCAAUAAGUAUUAACUGUUAUGGCAUACAAUGAGCAUGGUAUAUGACCUAAUCUACAAGGGAAACAUGCAUGUGAUGUUAUAAUUGACCUUUUUAAAUGUGCAUGAGAUGUAAACAAUGAGCAGUAAUCAGCAGGUGGUUCAGAUAAAUAUUCUAUACACCUUUUGAUUGCACCCCUACAGUUUUCAGCAGUACUCCAAUAAUUCUUCAUAACUGAUUCACUUAAAGGAGUAUAAUAUUCACAAAAUGUAUCAGUUUGUUAUUUACUUUCUAUAUUAUUUAGAGGCACACAUACCGCACAGUCAUCAUGGAUGUUAGGGUAAUAGAAUAUGUAAAAGUAUUGAUAUUGUGGACAAACUCUUUUUAACAGCUGGUGUUUAAACAGACAGACCGUUUUGUAUUAGAUACUGGUAACAGGCCCCUUUAAAACAACCAGUCUGACAUAGAAUUAAAAGCAGAGAGGGAAUUUAAAAAAAAAGGUUCUGGAGUGGAGGCAAGCAGUGGGUGGAAGGAGGGAAAGAAGAGCAGACUUAACAUAGAAAGAAUCCUGAAUCAAUUUGCAACUUACUGUCAAUUGGUCCUACCCAGCAGCUUGGUUUACAAGUCGUAAAUCUGCUGUAGUUAGAAUUGAAAGAGUAAGGUGAGACUUUGCAAUCAAACAGACAAGACAAGUCUUUAUAUCUGCAUCAGUUUGUCUGCAUUUCCUUUGAUUCUCACUAUCAAUUGCGUGUGUGGGCAGUGUGUGUGUGUGUGAGAGAGAGAGAGAGAGAGAUAAAAACGUGCGGAACCAGAGCAGUUGGCUUUGGUAUUGGUGAUCUUUGUGUCCUGUAAGUGUUAUUAUUAAUGAGCAUUCCUGUGAAAACUCUCCAAUGUCUACAAUGAAUUUCAUAGCAGUACUUUUAUUAUUUAUAUCACAGCUUUCUGACAUUUAGUGAAUUCAGUUUCAUGUUAUUUGUAAAAUAUUCUCUGAAAAAUAUAUAUGUUCAAUGUUUCACAUUUUUUCCUGAUUUUUUGUUUUUUUAAAAAAAUUAAAAACGUAUAAAAAAUAAUUUAUUGUCAAAUAUAAAGGCUAUCUAUAUCUUUCUCGUAAAAAGAAUAUAAUCUGCAUCUAAUUGUUAGAUGCUGCAAAUCCAGUAUAUGCAAAUUGCAAAAAAAAUCUUGAUGCAUUUUUCUUUUUAAUCUUGAUGUGGCUUUCUUUAAAACAAGAUUUUUUUAAAAAGCUGCAAAUUAUAUUUAGCUUCAGCUGAAAGUUGCCCUGGCAAUCAGUGGUCCAGGAACAAGAAUGUACUUAACACCAGUUCAGAUAUUCCAUUAUGAGUUUCAUCUGUGAAGUUACUUUUUUAAAAAAAAUACAUUAAACCAUUUCAUUCAGA